AUGGCCACUAGUUGGGAUGUUGCCGCAGCUGGCUGGGCCAUUGUGCUGGGCUGGUUGAUGUUGCCCAUCAUCGCCUUUCUCUUGUCCAAGAUCCUUUCCUUUCUGGUCUUCGACGCAUCCAAGAAACUCCUGGAACUGGAGACCUGCAUCAUCCCGGAACUGCAGCACACGAUGCAGGCAGUAGAUCAAGAGAGGAUGAUAAAGAGAUCAGAAAAACUGAAACCUGAUGUAGCCACACUGGACAAGAUGGCCGCCAUGCUGAGGCACGCCCAGGAGCAAGUGGAAGACAUCUUCGAUGAUGCUAAGCAAAAGAUCGUCAGUGGCGACAUUCUCUAUGGCGCCGUGCAGACCAGCACUGGUUGCUUCAACAGGAGCCGUCUGACGAUUACAGGAAUCAUCCGGAGCGGAUCGUCCCGGCUACUGCAGUGGACGCAGAGCAUCUCCACCUUGUUUCGGUGGUUCCGAUGCAUGCGUGGAUUUCUGUUAUCUACCAUAUGUUAUGCCGACCAGACUGCACCCUCAAAUUUCUCGGGGAGAUGGUCCUAUUGCUUGUGCAGCUCCUUUGACUUGUUCAAUAACUGUUGUAAGUCCAUGCUCUACUGGUUAGUUCGUAUGGUUGAGUUUGCCCGCUUGUAUCUGUUGGAGUUGUGUCGAAUAUAGUGUACAAGGUAGGUUACAGUUGGACUUGUAGUUGUAUUGUGUUUAAAUAGGAUAUGGAGUCAUGUCCUAGUAGGACACUUGUAUCCUAGGCCUCUCAUAUAUAGCGGGACUAGACACACGAUGUAACAUAUGCCAAUAUAAUAGUACAGGAACGCAAGAGAA